UCUACUGCAAAGAGGGAACCUGCGUUGAACAAGCCCAAAUGGGAGAAUUAUACUGUGCAGCACAUACAUGCACAACCAAUGGCUGUAUGGAGCCAAAGGAUGGGAAUAGCCAUCUGUGCAGAGGCUGCUAUCAGAAA